AUGGACCACGUGACACAGAUCCUGCGGUUAGAGCGGAAGGACCUCCGCGCCCAGCGGGAUGCGCUCCGGGAGGAGAUCAAAGUCUACAAAUCCGCCCUUCGCUACCGCACGCUGAUCGAGGAAGCUAAACACGAUAUUCUUCAUCUCACCGAUGAGCACCGGGACUUGAGCCUGGGGAUUCGCUGCAAUGAGCGGCUUCUUUUGAUGAACGAGCGCGUGAUCGAGACCGGGGAGGGCUUCCACCGCUUGGAGGAGGAGCUUCGCGUGCGGAACACCCUUUUACGCCGCACCCACGCUCAGGCCCUGCGCGAUGCGAAGGAGGCGGAGAAUCGACAGCAGAACCUCCGCCGGCGAAUCGCGGGGCUGGAGGAUGAGGUGGAGACCUGCCGCAGCGCCGGCCCCCCUAUGGGCUACGAGUCCCUCCGCCGCCUGCGCGAGGCGGGCGAAGUCAAGCGGCGGAAGAUCCAAAGCCUGACUUACCACCUCCAGCGGGGGCUCUCGCCCGCGCACGGGAAGGCUCGUGGACGCUCGGGGGAUUCCCCUCCCCCGAACUCGGGUCUCGAGCGGGGGUAUUUAAAAGAUCGAAUUGCCCAAAUGCGGGCGGAGCUCGCGCGGCUUGCGCGGGGCACCCCUACUCCCAACCCCUCCGAAGAUUCUACCGAUAUCGUGCUCGAUCCCCCUCGCGGAAGCGAAGCGAACGGUGUUUCACACGCGGAGCGGAUCAAUGGGAUCUCAAACGCACACGAGGCGAAAGAUCGCGUUGGUCCUUCGGGGGAGGUUGAGGGAAGGAAAGAGUCAGGGCGGGGCAUCGACCCCCCGCCGUGGUUGGAACCGUUGAAUGAGACGGUUGUCGCGGAGCCGGACGGGUUGAAAGCGAAGGCCGAACCCAUUGGCACCCCAGACAUCGCCUCCUCUGUUUCGGGCGUCCUUCCUCAAGUGAACGAUGAGGAAAGGAAAACGGAGAAAAUGGGGGAGGAAAUGGAAGGGUCUCUGGAGGAAGAAAAACGUGAACGGCGGCACACAAAUUUGAUGUGGCUGGACGAUCCGGAGGUGGACAACGAGGCUCCUGCGGAAAAGGGGACCACUGGCAGUGUAUCUACCAAGGUCGGAAUUUCUAAUGAAUUCAAAGAUGAUAUUAAGCAAACAGUCGGAAAUGAUAGCCAAGACAUCUCUGAAGAAGUGGAGGAAUCUGAGAGUAACUUUCCCGAGGGUAUAGAGCCAAACGAGGUACCGGAUGUUCCUCUCGGGCGUAAGGAGUCUACUCAAACUGAACCGAUAACAAAUAAUGUGGAGGCAACUGAUACAGCUCAGGGGGACGAUGAUGAGCCCGACUGGCUGAAAUUUUAG